GCGGCAUAGACCUCGCACCGCCUUUUUUAUGUUUUGUGGUAUAAUUUUUCACAUUUAAAAUAACGGCUAUUGUACAACAACAACUGAGGAUGGGGCUGUUAUCGAUUUUAAGAAAAUUAAGAGCUGCUCCAGAAAGAGAACUCCGAUUAUUAUUGUUAGGACUGGAUAAUGCUGGAAAAACUACAAUUCUUAAGACUUUGGCUUCUGAAGAUAUUACACAUAUUACGCCUACUGCUGGAUUUAAUAUAAAAUCUGUAAUAACUGAAGGAUUUAAACUGAAUGUUUGGGAUAUCGGAGGGCAAAGGAAAAUUAGACCGUAUUGGAAGAAUUAUUUCGAAAACACAGAUGUAUUGAUCUAUGUUGUGGAUUCUGCAGACAAAAAGCGUCUGGAAGAAACGGGCAUCGAACUCUACGAGCUCCUUAGCGACGACAAACUCCAAGACGUUCCACUUUUAGUAUACGCCAACAAACAAGAUCUUCCAGAUUCAUUAACUGCCGCCGAGUUGGCCCAAACUUUGGGUUUGCCCACCAUCAAAGACAGGGCUUGGCAGAUCCAAGCUUGCACUGCCUGCCAAGGGACGGGUGUGCGCGAGGGUAUGGAGUGGGUUUGCAAGAGUAUCAAGAAAAAAUAGGUUUUUUAUUUAUAUCAUAUUUAGUCAUAUAUCAUGCUUGAUGUGUCUGGUUAAGGAUUUUUGUUAGAAAGAAGUUUCAAAAUGCUGGGACAAAUUUGAUAAUCAAUGCUUAACUUCUAGCUAGUUUGAACAAAAUCGGUAGCUGAUCAAUCCAGAGGUCUUAAUAUGCUUUGCUUGACUGGCGUUAUGCUAAUUUUAAAUCAUUUGAUGUGUUCACAUGUUGUCAUUAUAAUAUGUCCAUUAGGCAAUCGGAAUAAUCCAGCUUUGUGUAUUCUUUCUAAUAAAAUUCCUUUAACCCUAUUUAAAUAUUUUUUAAUUUUAUUUAUAUCAAUGUGUAUUAUCUUAUUUUUCUUCAUUAUAUAGUGCCUUUAUAAUCUAUUUGCAUCACAUCAUUUAUAUUUAUUGUAGUUUAUUAUUAUUACCUACAUAUUAUGUAGAAUCGCAUUCCGUCCAUAGAA